AUGCCGUUUGCGAACUUUGUUGGUGUAAAUCAUCAUGGUCAGAGCAUAUUACUUGGAUGUGCGCUUGUUUCGCAUGAAAAUAGUGACACAUUUGAGUGGAUUUUAGGCAAUUGGUUAGAAUGUAUGGGUGGUAAAGCCCCAAUUGGGAUAUUGACUGAUCAAGAUCCCGCGAUGAGGAGGGCUUUGAGAACAACCAUGAGCAAUACAUGUCAUAGGUGGUGCAUAUGGCACAUUCUUCAGAAGUUUAGUAGGAAGCUUGGAACGCAUGUAGAGUACCCCGAUUUAAAGGUAGACUUGGAGCGCGCAAUAUAUGAUAGUCUAACAUGUGAUAACAUUCUCCGGUUGUAUGCGGAAAGGAACAUGUGGGUUCCUGCGUAUGUGAAGCAUUUAUUUUGGGCUGGCAUGAAGACGACCCAACGAGUUGAAAGUAUAAACAACUUUUUUGAUCAAUUUGUACACAAGCAUACUCAUUUGUAUGAGUUUGUUGAGGCUUACUGUGAAGCAAUGGAGGCAAGGGCAAAUGAAGAAAGUAUGGCCGAUACGAGCACUGCGAGAAAUCUAAGGCAAAUUGUCACCUGUUUCCCAGCCGAGGAACUUUUCCAGAAAUUAUACACGGACGCCAAAUUUCAUGAGGUCCAAAGAGAGUGUAGUAGGGUACUGUAUGUGCGGUGUUUGAGCAAGAAAAUGUUGGAUGAGUCUGUUGAAGAGUACGAGCUUGAGGACAGGGUUUGGAUAAAGCCUAAACACGCAAGGAAGGAGAUUGUUACGAAGCAUAAGACGAAGCAUAUGAUAUUGGUUCAUGACUUGAAUAACCAGACUGAAAUUCCUGGCAAGUACAUACUUCGUCGUUGGCGGAAAGAUGUUGAAAGGAAGCAUACGAAGGUCAGGGUGAUGUACCACGACCCAUUGAAGACAGAAGUUGUGUGUAGGUACGAUAAGCUAGUGGUGUUGUUUGAGCCUUUACUUUCAAGGGCAGCUACCUACAAAGAGUCGAUGGAUGUUGUUGUUGAAAUAUCUCACUUGUUGGCAAUGCAUUUGGAUGAGAAGAUUGCAAUGCUUGAUAGGCAAAGGCAAAAUGAGGAUGUUGUAGUUGGUACCCCGUCAUCUGUGUGUUUGGAGAAAGGUGGUACGGAAUUGACCCCCUCAUCCGUUCGCCAGUUACAACCUAUUGGGGUACGACGUACGAUGGUGUUUGAUUCCCCACAAACAAAUGAACAUGAAGGAAGUUGUGCCGGUGGUGGUGUAUCGGGAAGCGUUGGAGGUUUAUCUGGCAGCUUUGCUCGGGGUUUAUCAGGAAGCUUCAAUGAUAGAAUAGAUGCAAUGGAUGCAAUUGCAGCUGGUUUAACAGGUGGCUUUGAUCAUGAUGAUGAUGAUGUUGGUGGCAGUCCUAGCCUUGAAAGCAUAGAUGUGGGCCUAGAUGGGGUCCAAGCAAAUGGCAAUGAGGUUUUUCCUUUGUUAGAUCCUCCAAUACCUCCAAGACCGGCCCACAAGACUACUAGUUACCGGUAUAGGUCAUGUACUGAGCGUCUGAAGCGGCCAAUUACCCAAGAACAACUAAUGAACAGAGAGACUCUAACUCCUAGCUCAACCAAUGAUGUUGGUCCUUCUUCUCCUUGUCCUCCAUGUCCUCCUCCAUGUCCUCCUCCAUGUCCCCCUCCUUGUCCUCCAUGUCCUCCUCCUCCAGCUCAACCAAAGGCUGCACCGAGGAAGGCAGCGGCACCGAGAAAGACAGCGGCGCCAAGGAAGCCUGCGGCACCGAGGAAGCCAGCAGCACCCAGGAAGCCAGCAGCACCCAGGAAGCCACGGAAGAGCAAGAAGGUUGAUGAGCAACAACUUAUAGUGCAUCCGCAGCAACAACAACCGCAACAAAACUUCGUGCAUCCCCAGCCACCCCAACAGGAAUUUGUACAAAGUGUUGGUGGUAUACAAAUGUUGGAUGGUUCCUUUAGGUACUAUGCCCGGCCUGUUUCAGCUCCCGGAUGUGUAUAUCAACAACAACGACCAUAUGUUGGCGAUGGAUAUAUUGAUGGCUACAUAGACCCGUCUGGGGACCAUGUCACGUUUGGUUCUCCUCAAACGGGGCAUUCUCAAAUGGUGCAUCCUCAAAUGGGCCAUCCUUGUCAAAUGGGCCAUCCUACUCAAAUAGGUCAUCCUUCUCAAAUUGUCCAUCCUUCUGAGGUGAGCCAUCCUUCUCAAAUGGGCCAUCCGAUCCCUGUUAUAAACUCGUACCAUCCUGGGUCGUCAUCUUGUCAAGGGUGUUCCUCCGUAGGUCAGUUUCGUCCACUAAACAACAUCAACAACAACACUGCUAUUGUUUAUAAUAACCAUUUUCCUUCGUUUACGCAAAAUGGAAGUGUUUCUAUGCAACCUGUUUCAGGCAACGAUGGUGGUUCAAAGGCGACGAUGGUGGUUCCUAGAUUUAUACAAAAUAUCUUGUUGGGAGGAAAUGGCGAAGGUUAA